CAGUUAUUGCAGCAAGUAACACCAUCAGCAGCAGCAAGAGAAGAAAAGAAGAUGUUAUAUAAUACAUUAGCACAUUUUGUAUCAUAUGUAUUAGGUAAUACAGUAACAUUACAUCUAGCAGGUAGUACAGCAUAUGAUGUUGAUGCUCAUGGUAGUGAUCUAGAUGUAGUACUUAUUACUAGAGGUUAUUAUACUAAUUCUGUUACAUUAUUACAACAUCUUAGACAAACUAUUAUACAUGUACAAAAACAUCUACUUGCUAAUUCAUCUAAUAAUCCUAAUCAUCUUCUUCCUUCUCAUGGUGGUGGUGGUCCUGUUCCUCCUCCUGCUCCUGCUGGUGCUGGUGGUGCUGGUGGUGGUGCUGGUGGUGGUGGUGGUGGUGGUGGUGGUGGUGGUGGUGGUGGUGGUGCAGCAACAGCAGCAACUGGUGGUAAUACAACACCACAGAUUGCUGCUGGGGAUAAUCAUGUUACUAAUACAGAUAAUAAUACAACUGCUAAUGCAGUAGCAGCAACUGCUGCUGCUGCUGCUGCUGUUGUUGCUGGUGCUGGUGGUGGUGGUGGUGGUUGUGGUACAACAGGAUCAUCAUCAUCAUCGCAUUACUCUCAACAGCAGCAACAGCAGCAGCAACAACAACAACAACAACAGCAACAGUACAAUGCACAUCAUCAUCUCCUCCCUCAUCAACAGCAGCAACAGCAGCAGCAACAACAGCAACAACAGCAUCGUCGUGAAUGGCCACUCCUAUUAGCUCGUCUGCAACUAGUAGAGAGUGCCCGUGUUCCUAUAUUAACUGUACGUACACCUGGAGGAUCUGUUGUAUGCGAUGUAUCCGUUAAUACUAAUAAUAGUGUAUGGCAUAGCGAAUUCUUUGGUUUGCUGCUGCAGCAGCAACCCCACCUUAGACCACUAAUGCGUCUAUUAAAAGUAUGGCAAAGAAAUAGGAAAUUACCUACCAUGAAGGAAGGAGGUCUUCCUUCUAUUGUAUGGAUGAUUCUUGUUGCUUUCUUAUGCAAAACACAAUAUACACAUAAUACACAUGCUGCUGCUGCUGCUGCGGCGGCGGCAGCCGCAGCUGCUGCUGCAGCUGGGGGUCCUGCUAAUUGCUCUCAUAAUAAUAACAGUAAUUGCAGUAACAGCAGCAAUGGGGGGAACAACAGCAAUACUGAUGGGAGUAACAGCAGCAGCAGCAGCAACAGUUGUAAUGGGAGCAGCAGCAGCAAUAAUGUCCCAGAUACACUUGCUGCUGCAGCACAUAUGCAUAAUAUGCCUGCAGCAGCGGCAGCAGCAGCUGGUGGUGGUGGUGGUGGUGGUGGUGGUCAUCAUCCUUUACCUGCUGUAGAAGAAAUCCAACAUAGAUAUAUGCUGCAGCAGCAAGCAGCAGCAGCAGCAGCAGCAGCAGGAACACCUGCAGCAGUAGGGUUCAAAGGCGAGCCAACAUCAUCAGCAGCAGGAACAACAACUGUUCUAGCGACGACUACUCCUACUCAAUCAGCAGCAGCAGCUGCUGCUGCUGCAGCAGCUGCAGCAGCAGCAGCAGCAGAUGGACCCAAGACAUUAUUAACACAACUAUUAGGUAUACCUGAGCCUGCUCUUGCUGCUCUCCAUCCGUUGCUGCUGUCGUUGCUGCGCUUCUUUAGGGCAUUAAGAUCAAGAAGAAGUCUUAGUAAAACUUUAUUUAUUGUUGCUAAUCCUGCUGCUACAUCUGCUUCUGCUGCUGCUGCUGCUGCUGCAGCUGGCGGUACCGGUACCGGCAGCAGUAGUAGCACAGGAGCCGCUCAUGCAACCGAUUCUCCUUCAACAGGAGCAGGGGAAGUUGGUGCAGCAGGAGGCCCAUCUGCUGCAGCAGCUGCAGCUUCUGCUGCUGCAGCUGCUGCUAUGCUGCAGCAGCAGCAGCUUGUAUCGGGUGCACCUAAGAAUAUGGAGGAGACAGCAGCAAAGAUUCUCUCUGCUUAUGGUCAUGGGGGUGUAUGGGAGUCUCUGUUAUCUGUGUUUGAUUCCCCUAGGGCAUCAACAUAUGCUUCUUGUGCUACUACACCAGCAGCAGCAGCAGCAGCUGUUGCUGCAGUAGGCAGCACCACUCCCGCAGCGACGGCAGCAGAAGCAGCCAAGGCAUAUCUCCAUAGACAACAGCAGCAGCAACAACAACAACAGCAGCAACAACAACAACAACAACAACAACAGCUGCAGCUAGCAGGCAGAACAGCAGGAGGUGCUGCAUUACAGGAAUUGUUACUCCCAGCCGAUAGCGGUGCAACAGCAGCAGCAGCAGCAGCAGCAGCAGCAGCCGCAGCAGCAGCAGGAGCAGGAGGAGCAGGAGGAGCAAGUCCGCCUCCCCCUCCUCCCGUAGGUGUAGGUGGUGGAGUAGUAGUUGCUGCAUCUGGUGUAUCAGGAGGAGGAUCAACAAGUGGUGUAGGUAUAUGUGGAGCAUCAACAGGAUCAUCGAUGUGUGUGAAUCCUCCAGGAGUUGUAGCAGCAGCAUUACGUGCAUAUGGUUGUCCAGCCGGUGUAUCUCCAGCAGCAGCAGCAGCAGCAGCAGCAGCAGCAGCAGGUGUAGCUGGUGGUGAUCCAACAAUAGAUAUGGCAGCUAGAGAACUGCAGCAGGAACUCCAUAGCAUACGACGGGAUUUGCUGCUGGGGGUUGCUGCUAUAUUCGAGGAGAUACAAGAUGAUCGAUACUUGCUGCCUGUGCUGCAGCAACCACCACAACCACCUGUGCCGCAGCAGCAGCAGCAAAGAGAGCCAGCAGUAUCGCCGCCUUCUACAUGGGCUGUCUCGUCCUACAGUGACAGCAGCAGCAGUAGCAGCAGCAGCAGUUGUUGCAGCAGCAGUGGGUCAGCAGCUACCGGAGGAGGAUCAACAACAGCAGCAGCAGCAGGAGCAUUGGAUGCAUCUGCUGCUGGGCAUAAUUCCUAUUGUGAUGUUGGCAACGCAACAGGAGAUACAGCAGCAGCAGCAGGAGAUGCAUUAUCAGCAACAUCUGCAGCUGCUGCCGCAGCAGCAACAACAACAGCUGUAGGACCAUCGCCCAUCGCAACAACAGCAGCAACAGGAGCAUCAACAGCAGCAGCAGCAGCAGCAGCAGGAAGUUCAUUGGCAUUAGAAUUAGAAUAUUUAUGUCCUGUUGCUGUACUAAGGCCGCAGCAGCAGCUGCAGCAGCAGCUGCAGCUGCUGCAUCAGCAGCUACUUACCCCGCUGCUGCCCCUGCUGCCCUCCUCUAUAGCAGCAGAAUGGUCAAGAGAUAGUCUUAAUGGGGGGCCCUUCUUGCUGCCAUCAGCAGAGGUGUCUCGUCUUAAGACACUGCAGCGGAUAGCAGCAACAGCACCAUGGUGGCACUCGCGUGCGCAGCAGAUUUAUCAGCAGCAGCAGCAACAACAAAUGCAACAAAUGCAACAAAUGCAGCAGCAACAGCAUAUGCAGAUGCAGCAACAGCAGCAAAUGCAAAUGCAGCUACAAAUGCAGCAUUUAACGCCGCCGCAUUUCCACCCGCAUGCCCAUCCGUCGCAGCAGCAGCAGCAGCAGCAGCAACAGCAGCAACAAUCACAACAGCAGCAGCAACAGCAACAACAACAGCAACAGCAGCAGCAACAACAACAACAACAGCAGCAGCAGCAGCAGUAUCUGCAGCAAAGGCACCAGUUGUCUUCUUUAACACCGCAGCAGCUGCUAGUUCCUCCCUUCAUGCAGCAGGUGCAGCAAAUGCAGCAGCAGCUCCUGCAGAUGCAGCAGCGCCUCAUUGGCAUGCCGCAACCACCGCGACUAGCCCAAACGCAGCAGCAAACGCAGCAGCAAACGCAGCAGCAGCACCUAAUACUGCAGCAGCAACAACAAAGAUACGCACACCCACUACCACCAUACACCCAGCCGCAGCAGCAGCAGAACCAUCUACUACAGCAACAGCAAACGCAGCAGCAGCAAACGCUGCAGCAGCAGCUUAAGCCGAGACCCCACCAGCAAGAACAACCCCACCGGAAUGACCAGCAGCAGCAGCAGCAACAGCAGCAACUUGUGCUGCAAAUGCAGCAGCACUACCCACAGCCGCACCAUCAACAGCAACAAGGGCAGCAGCAGCAGCAGCAGCUACAGCAGCUCUACCGACCGCCUCGGUCUCUAACACUCGACAGCAGCAGCAACAGUAACAACAGCAGUAACAGCAGCAGCAACAGCAGCAGCAGCGGUUACACUGGCAGCAGAUUCGAAGAGGGAACGUCCACUUCCGGCAGCAACAACAACAGCAGCAGCAGCAGCCGGACCGCAUGCAUGGGGAACAUGACACCUGCUCAGGGCACGCAGCAGCAGCAGCAGCACAAGCAGCAGCAGCACAAGCAGCAGCAACAGCAGCAGGUGGUGCAUGGAGAGGAUAACUUCUCCUUGGAGCAGCCUCUGACGGAGAGGCGCAGCAGCCUCUACAGCUACAGCAGGAAUAGCAGCAACCGCAGCAGCAACAGGAGUAGCCACAGCAGCAGCAACAGCACCAACAGUAAUAGCAACUUGGCUGGGCAUGCAGGCAGCCGGAGCAAACAGCCCCGCAGCCAGCAGCAGCAGCAACAGCAGCAGCAGCAGCAGCAGCUGGUAACACGCCGUUGGUGUGACAGUGUGGACGAGAACUCCGAUGGCAGUUUCUCUGCCCCUCCGAAGCAGCAGCAACAGCAGCAGCAGGUGCUGCUGCUGCAGCAAGAAGAGCAGGAGGUUGCUGCUGGUGAUGCUGCUGCUGCCGAUGCUGCUGCUGCCGAUUCCUCCUACCAGAGCAAUUUAAGCGGCAGCAGCAGCACCGGCAAUUGCAGCAGCCGCAGCAGCAAAAGAAGUAGUUUUGCUGCUCCAGCAGCAGCGAUUAGCAGCUGCAGCAGCGAGGCCUCUGCGUCGCCGCAUGCUGCAACUGCUGCAACUGCUGCACCAGCUGCUGCUACUGCUCCUGCUGUUGCAGAGAGUGAAUCGGCUGCAGCAUCAGAGGCAGCAGCAGCAGCAAGGAGGAGGCAGCCAAGAGAUCGUAUCCCUCUCAAGCAUAGAGCAGAGAAGCAGCUGUAUGUACCAGGGGCGUUGCGGCGGCAGCGGCAGGAGCUGCUGCAGGGGCCUGCUGCUGCUGCUGGGGGAGACCCAGCAACAGUUGCUUCUGCUGCUGCAGCAAGUAACAGCAGCAACAGCAGCAGCAGUGCCAGCAGCGCCUCUGGGCCUGCUUUUGUUGCUUCUGCCCCUGCUUCUGCUGCUCCCACUAACGAAGAAGUGCGCGAAGCUGCUGCGGCAGCAGCAGCACGGCGUGCUGCAGCAACAACACUUAGGAAGGAGGAUUCACGGAGCAGCAGCAGCAGCAACAGCAGCAGGGACAGAGACAUGUUGCAACAGCGGCAGUGGCUUGUUGAGCAAGUUCAAUGGCGUGCGUUCAAUCGCAAUGCUGCUCCUGCUGCUGCAGCUCCAACAGGAGCAGCAGCCCCUGCAGCUGCUGCUGCAACAGCAACAACAGCAGCUCCAGCAGCAGCAGCUCCAGGAGCAUCAGCAGUUCCAGCAGCAGCAGCAGUUCCAGUAGCUGCAGCAGCGGCGUCUGCGUCGUCCCCUUCCUCGGAUUUGGGAGGUGCGUGCGCAAGAGCAGAACAUGCAGCAGCAGCAGCAGCAGAAUCAGUAGGAACUAACUCUGGUGCUGCUGCUGCUGCUGCUGCAGACCCAGCAGAAUGCAGGAGACGCAGCUCAAGGGGAGAACGCAGUGACCCGUGUAUCCGUGGCAGCAGCAGCAGCAACAACAACGAUGGCCAGCCACGGAGCAACAGCCAUUCAGCCACAGUUGCUGUUGUUCCUGAUGCAGCAGCAGCAGCACCUGCUGCAGCAGUAUCAGAACCUGUAGCAGCAUCCGCAGCACCUGCAGCAUCGGCAAGUGCAGCAGCGGCACCUGCAGCACUUUCAGAUGCAGCAGCAGCACCUGCAGCAGCCGCAGCAGCAGGACAACCAGUGACACGUUUGCAGUCGAACACAAGCGAAGACAGCAGCAGAUGGAGCUGCAGCAGUCCUUACAGCAACAGCAGCAGCAGCAGCAGCAGAAGCGGCAGCACCCGACCCCUAAGAAGCAGCACUUCCCGUUUAGGUGGCAGCAGCAGCAGCAGCAGCAGCAGCGCCAACAAAGGCCAAAUGAGGCUGCUGCAUGUGGCUCUCAAUGGCAUGCGUCGCUGCGACAGAAGCAAACCUAGCCCUACGCAGCAGCAGCAAAUGCAGCAGCAGCAGCAGCAGCAGUUGCAGCAACAGCCGCAGCAGCAGCAGCAGAUACAGCUGCCCUCUAUCCACCAAGAGCGUGAAGCUUCUAUAGAUUAG